CUCUCCCUACUCCUCGCCUCCCGGUCACCGACACUACCUCCCCUCUUCCCCCUCUCCCUUCCCCGCUAGGUACAGAAGAACCCUGUCGCCAUGGUGGACGCGGACACGGCGACUAAGCUCAUCCAGAACUGCACGCCCAACCUCGCCGACUCGGCGUUCAUGGCUUGGGCAGCGGCGCAGGUGUUUGUCAUGAUUCCUGCGCUGGCCAUGUUUGAGGGUGGACUGGUGCGAUCGAAGAACGUGCUCUCGCUCUUUGCGCAGAUUUUUGUCGGCCUUGCAGUGCUCUCGGUCAUGUUCUUCCUCGUGGGAUUCUCGCUCAUCUUUGGCGACGACAAGGGCGGCUUCAUCGGCGGGCUCGACUAUGUGGCGCUCAAGGGCUUUGAUCCCUCGACCUGCUUUGGCCGCGUCGCCACCCUGCCGUCGACGCUCUACGCGCUGUACGAGUGCAUGUUUGCGGUCAUCACGCCGCUGCUCAUCACUGGCGCCUUUGCCGAGCGACUGACCUUUCGCGCGUACGUGGUCUUCAUCGUGGUGUGGGAGCUGACCGUGUACUAUCCGGUGGCGCACUGGAUCUGGGGCGGCGGGUGGCUGAUGCAGCGUGGCGCGCUGGACUUUGCGGGCGGCAUUGUGGUCCACACCACGGCUGGCGCCGCCGCGCUUGUCACUGCGGUCAUGCUCGGCGCGCGCGCCGGGCACGGCGUCUCGCACGCUCUCAAGCCGCAUUCGGUCCCGCUGACCAUGAUUGGUGGUGGCCUGCUGUGGUUUGGCUGGUUUGGCUUCAACGGCGGCUCGGCAUACCGGUCCGGCGGCGACGCAGCGUCUGCCACGCUCAACACCCACAUUGCGGCGUCGGCAUGCGGCGUGGUGUGGCUGCUCAUCUCGUGGAAGCGCGAGGGUCGCCCGCACACCGUCGACGUUAUGAACGGCAUCAUCGCCGGCCUUGCCGGCAUCACACCUGUGGCCGGCUACUGCUCACCAGUGGCAGCGCUCGUCAUUGGCAUCGUCCUCGGCCUCCUCGCCGACGGCGCAGUCAUCCUGCUCACCGACGUCCUGCACAUCGACGAUGCGCUGGAGGUCUCGGCCGUCCACGGCGCGACCGGGCUCAUCGGCUCGCUGGCGACAGGCUUUGUGGCGUCGUCCACCUACUCGGAUGCCGUGACCAAUGAGGGCCUCUUUAUCCAUGGCGGAAGCGGCAAGCUGCUCGGUGAGCAGGUGCUCGCCGUUGUGGUCACGCUCGCAUGGUCGGGCGUCUGGUCGUGGAUCAUCUUCGCCUUUAUCGAAAGGGUGCUCGGUUGGGACCUGCGGGUCUCUGCUGCCGAGGAGGACGAAGGCCUCGACGUCGGCCAGCACGAGGGCCACGCAUACCUCUUCUCACGACUCGCCAUCUACGAGGAGGUCUUCCCAGAGGAGGAGACGCCGCCGCCGUCGAUUUUCACCACCGCGCGCUCGCGCUCGCAAAUGCGCCGCGACCACUACCACGGGCCGACCUCGAUCUACACCUCGGUCGACACGCCGCUGUUCUCGUCGGUCAACGGCUCGCUUCGCGACGCGUCGCGGACGCGCUCCAUGCACGUGUAAAAGCAAACUCAUUGCUU